AUGACUGAGCGUGUUCGUGUCGUUGUGCGCGUGCGUCCUUUUAUUGAAAGCGAUCCGGAGGAUGCUGAUUUAGUGACCGUCGUCGUCGAUCCAACUCACAUUAGUAUUGGAGGAAACCGCGUAUUUAUGGUGGAUCGCGUCUACCAGAUGGAGGAUUCCACCUCCGAUAUCUUCUCCGGCGCGGUUCGAAAUCUUGUGGAUGACUUUCUGAAGGGCUUCCAAGCCACCGUGAUGGCAUACGGGCAGACGGGAACGGGCAAGACCUUCACUAUGUCGGGGCUUAUGCCGUUAAUCCUACGCUAUAUUGUCGAAGAAGGCUUUCAAGGGAGCACGCGGGAUUUGUCUUUUCAGUUCAUCGAGGUCUACGGCGACGUUUUGCGGGAUUUGCUGAGUGAGGACCCUGCAAAUGACGGGAAUGAGAUCCACCUGUAUGAUGGAGGGGCCCUGAGUGAGAUUGGCGGCCGGGAUUGCGUUGUUGUCGGCGCACGGCGAGCCACCGCGGCAGACUUCGCGGGCGUUGAAAAUAUCAUUCAGUAUGGGACACAAAUGCGGGCCACCGCGGCCACGAACAUUCACGAGCACUCCAGCCGCAGCCAUAGCAUUUUCACCAUCUACAACCAUCGAAAUGGGGGAAAUAAACUCCACCUGGUCGACCUGGCGGGAUCUGAGCGAAAUAAAAAGACUCUGAAUGUGGGGCAGCGCUUUAAGGAAAGCAUCGCGAUUAACUCCGGGUUGUUGGCGCUGGGAAACGUGAUUCGGGCGCUGGGGCGGAAUAGCCCACACGGCCACGUUCCAUACCGCAGUAGUAAACUCACGCGAUUAUUGCAAAACGCCCUUGGGGGGGUAGGAAAGACGCUUUUUUUAGGCUGCGUCGCGCCGGAUGGGUAUAAUCGUGAGGAGACGCUGCGAACGCUGCAGUACUGCGCGCUCGCCGUGCGCGUGGUGAACACGCCGGUCGCGCACUACAAAGCCCUACACGACGCCCAAAUGCGGCCCUUUCGCACCCCAUCCUCCGCCACCCGCCGGGAGAGCGCGAAUGAGCGGGAAAACCCCCUCGAGGAGGCUGCCCAAAAAACGUUGGACUUCUCCCUCAGUUCCGAUAAAAUCGACAUCCACACCGAACUGGAGAUGUACCGUCAGUUUUGUCUCGAGCAGGAGGCCGAGAUCGAGUCGCUUCAACAGCAGUUAAAAGCCUCCGAGGAUCGCUCGCGCGUCUUCGAGGAUGAGCUGCGCAAUGAUCAAGUCGUUUUCACCCGCCAAAUCGCGGAGAUGGAGCGGGUUUUGAGCGAAAACCGCGACCUCCGACAGCGCCUCACGACCCUGACAAAUGGCUCGUCCGCUCUAUCUUCGUCGGAAAAUGGCCUCGGGGCGAAGACCAAAAGCUUGGUACACUCGCCGAAUAUUCGACCGGACCCUCCACACGAUCGAUAUAACGUCAAGGACGACAUAAAUUUUCCAACGAACGGUCGGGAAAAGCAAAUACCUCACACGGAGCCAAUAACUUCAACUCUUGGGAAUUUAACCCACAUCGUUAAUGGCGAUCACUGUAAAGCCACCUCUGCUCUCACUUCUAGUCUUCCUUCACAUCCCACACAGAAAUCCAACGGCGCGACAUUAACUCGUGAUGAGCAAUUGUUAUCGCUCACAAAAGAAGCUCUUUUUUAUCAAACCAACAACACCGAGCUGAGGAGUCAAUUGGGAAGUGUUGUAGCGAGAUUAGAAUCGCAGCAGCGAGAAUCAGCAUUGUUACGUCUAGAGCUUGAUGAAAUUCAUAAGUUGCUUAAUCCAAAAAAAUAG